CCAUUUAGUCUUUGAUAUACCAACAUAAAAUCUCAAAAUAAAGAAAAAUUAAAGGCAAAAGUUUCCAUCGUUUUCUCAUCCUCCAAACAGGCCCUGACUUGUCCCACUGAGUAAUGGAGGGAAACGGUAGCAGAGCCGAUGCCAAACUCCUUCUAGGAAUCGCUAAGAAGCUUCUCCAAGGCCGUCAUUUCAAAGCCUCAAGAGAUGUCGCAGUCCUCGCCCAACAAACCGAUCCCCUCUUGGAAGGGCCAGAUCAGAUCCUAGCCGUCAUCGACGUCGUUGUCGCCGACGUAAAAAGAAUUAACGACCAACACGAUUGGUACUCCAUCUUACAAAUCGAUUGCCGUUCCCAAGACAACGAUCUCAUCGAGAAACAGUAUCAUCGCCUAACUCUCCUUCUUGAUCCCGAGCAAAAUAAGUUCCCUUUCGCCGAUGAUGCGUUUAAGCUCGUAUCCGACGCAUGGUCUAUUUUGUCUAACAGCUCGAAAAAAUCGGUUUACGACAAAGAAUUUGACUCCUGUACGAGAAUUGAUUUAAGCACCGCCGGCGAUCGUUCGUAUCAUGCCGGGGAAUCAACUGUCAGGGGAGAACCGCAAAAUCAGGAACGCAUGCAGAAUUUGGAAUUGCGAAAGGAGAAUCAAAGGCCAAGAAUGUCAACAUUUUGGACAGCGUGUCCCUACUGUUAUAUGUUGUUUGAGUAUCCUAGGAUUUACGAAGGUUGUUGUUUAAGGUGCCAGAAUUGCGACAGAGCUUUUCAUGGUGUUCUCAUUCAGACUUUGCCGCCGUUGAUUCCCGAGAAAGAAGCUUAUUAUUGUACCUGGGCGUUUUUUCCGUUAUUGUCCGGUGGUCAGGAGACUGAAGUUGAACCUCCUCCGGGGUUUCCAGAUAAGCGGCGAGGGAGUGAAAGAAAUGAUGGACGGGAGAGUGAAGUUAAAGCUCCUCCAGGGUUUCCAGAAAAGCGGCGAGGGGCUCAAAGAAAUGGAGGUACUAUGGCCUUGCCACCACCAGCUUCUGCUCCGACGACCACCAUGAAGAAGGCUACCGAAAGCAUCGAUAAUGUGGCAGGGAUUUCGGGUGGGAAUGUGUCCGAUUUUGCCCCAAGGAAGAGAGGGAAGCCGAGGAUGAAUCCUCUCUGAGGUUUCGUAGGUAAUGGAUUAUGGUUUUUUGGGUUUGGUUUAUAGGCAACCUAACCAUAAUGCAGGAGUUCUUGCGGUGGAGACAGCCGAUUUUGAUGAAGGGGGAAGAAAGGAUAAUGCUGAGGCUGCAACUCCGAUGUAUAUGGGGGAGAUUUUGUAGCCUGCAGCUUUUGAGUUGUAUUCUCCCUAAAGCAGUGCGCCUUAAACAAGUCUGCCUUGGAGCAACACCCCUGGAGAUGCUCUCUCCCAAAGCUGUCUGCCUUCCCUAAAUGAAUCAUGAUCUUCUCCCAGCGUAAGUUUGCUUCUUGCAGCAAUAUGUGAGCAGGGAGCAUCAACAAUAACCAAACCUUUUUCCGUAACACUUCCAGCAUGUAAAUAUAUGUGA